CUUUAUAAUUUUUUUUUCACUCCGUUGAUUCUUCCGACUCGCCUUGAUCGGAGACCUGUCGUGAUCAAACCAACCAACCAGCCUAUUACCUGUCCAAAGAUCGUCCAGCGGAAUCGGAGGCGGGGUUUCGCAGGGGAUCAAUCUGGAGCCCAGUGCGGGAAAUAAUGCUUCGGCUGCCACCCGCCCCGUAAUGGGAGGUGUCGGCCAUCCUUCUGUCCCCCAGCCCGUCGGCGCUGAUGACGCGGGCGCGGCGGCGGCCAGGAAACGCACCAUCGCCAUGGCCGGGUUCGAGAGCUCUCCAGGCAGUAUCGAGGAUGUCGACGACUCCGAACUGCGCGAUGAAAAGAAGAGACAGCCCGUGAAACGCGCUUGCAAUGAAUGCCGGCAGCAGAAGCUCCGAUGCGAUGUGUCGCAAGACCCGUGGUCUGACUGUUCCCGUUGUCGGCGCUUGAGACUUGACUGCAAAAUCGAAUCCAGCUUCAAGCGGGUCGGAAAACGGAGCCGGAAUGCUGAGAUGGAGCGCGAGAUCAUCGAGCUGAGGAAGCAGAUUGCCACGCAGUCGAAUAAUUCGUCGCAGGCCCAGCAAACGCCCAAGCAAGAGUCGUCCAGUCAGGUCAGCCCCGCCGUAUACCACACGCCCUCCGCCAUGUCCGACCAGUACAUGGGAUCCCAUGAAGCGGUGGCGUCCCUCCUCGAUUUGCGCUCGGGUUUCGACGGCUCUGGCUACAUGCGCAAUGGGAAUGCUCACUUUAAGCGGAUUGAAGACGUCGUGGUGGUGCCUGACAGGGUUGCGGAGCUCUUCGACCUCUUCUUCACAUUCUACCAUCCAUUCUUGCCUUUCCUCGACCGACGACAGUCUCCGGAAGAAUACCACAGCGCUUCGCCAUUGUUGUUUUGGACCAUCAUCAGCGUGGGCGCACGGCGAUUCCAGCCCGAUACCAACCUCCUCAAUUCGCUCGCGGGGCCGGUGUCACGAUUAGUGUGGAGUACACUGGCCGACAUUCCACAAAGCUACCACGUGGUCAAGGCGCUCUGUCUGCUCUGCUCCUGGCCUUUCCCGACCAGCAGCACCUCCUCGGAUCCGACUUUCAUGCUUUGUGGCAUGAUGAUGCAGGUCGCCAUGCAGUUGGGGCUCCAUCGUCCUUCACACACCCAGGAUUUCAGCAAGUUUCGGGUGGAGCUGAUCGAAGAGGAGUUGAGAGACAAGGUGCAAACGUGGGCAAUGUGUAAUGUUGUCGCGCAGCGUGUUGCGACCGGUUAUGGACAACCGCCAUCGACGCUGUACGAUUGGACUCUAUCAUCCAGCGAAUCGGCCGAUAUGAAUUUUAAGUUAUCUGAGGACAUCCGGCCUAAGCUCGAGAUCGAAAAGUUCUGCGACAAGGUCACCAAGUCGCUUUACACGAAUCGUCGCGAUCCGGUCGGGCUAUGUAGCGACCAGGAACGGUCGACCUUGAUCUCCUUUCUUUCGCGGGACUUUGACGAGCUUGAGAACCAGCUCAAGUCCCAAAAUGACUGCAUAACACACCUUUAUCUGCGCGCGUCCAAUCUGCACCUGCACCUGUCGGCUUUCUUCGAUGACCCCACAGCCAAGAAAUACCGGGAGCGGCUGCUUGCGCUGUAUCUGGCAACGACGUCAUUCCUCGAAGCCGCAAUGAACCUGGAAACGAGAGUGGGGCCCGUGCUGUCCUACACGCCAUACUAUGUGUACCAGAUGAUGGUAGCCGGCAGCUGCACGCUGCUGAAGCUGUCCAAGAGCUUCUUCGCGUCCCACAUCGACAUGGAGUACACGAAGAACCUGUUCAACCGAACGAUCUGGGCCAUCCGCGGCGUGUCGGUGUCCAACAACGACCUCCCCGAGCGGUUGGCCGAAGUCUUGGCACAGAUGUGGAGAUUGGGCAGCACCACGUCGGUGAAGCAGGCGGACAACGCAGAGAUGGACAACUCGUUGAUGUUGAAGGUUCGCUGUCGCAUGAGCAUGUCUCUGCUGUUCGACUCGGUGUGGCGUUGGCGAGAGGAUGCGCGGACCAAGGGGCGUAACAUCGAAGCAUAUCUCAAAAACCCGACCAACCCAGACUCCAAUGCCGACUCCUCGGCAUCGUCCUCCGUCGGCGUCGUCCCGAACACAACCACCCCAGGCGUGUCAGGCGCAGACCCAAGCCUAGCCCCAGCCCCUCUCCUCCCACCCUCCACUCUCGGCAUAACGACAGGAAACACAGUCGGCGGCUUACCGAGCGGCUUCAUGGAGCCCAACUACGAAGUUUUCGAUCCGCUCAACUGGCUGUUAGACGGGCUGGUGGAUCUCCCUUAUUCGUCUUACUCGACCAUGUCGGGGAUGGAGACGCAGGGAAUUGCCUAGCCCAAUCCCAGCCUCUGUCGUUAUAUUCUUACUUAUUAUGAUUUUACGCGUUUUUUGCGUUCCUGUUUGCAUAUACCAUGGGACGGACGCCACCGGAGUAUAGUAUUCGGUUGGAUGGACGUGGAGUUUGGUUUGAUUAUUGAUUAUUGUUUUAUUCGGUUAUUGAUUGAUGCGUUGAUUGAUUGAGUUAUGGAAGACAUGCCGCGAUGAUCUAUUUCUGAAGUAAAUACUUGUCAGCUUAGCUAGUUUGUAUAGUGAAUGUCAUGAACAUAUGCAAUACGA